CAGGUCCUGACUGCAGAGAGUCUGAGUGAGCCUCAGGUGUUGCCUGGUAACCCUAGACAGUUUCCUGCUGGCCGCCGAGCAACUAGCCUUCUGACACAGUGCUGGAUUCACUAAAAAGCUGACACACAAGAGUUCAGAAAACCCUCUGCAGUGAGUGUCCAUGUGGGUGGUGGACAAGAUCCGCGUGUCAGUGGAGAGAACCAACCUGCCGCUCCCUAUCACAGAAUACAGCUUCAGGAUCGCCGACAUCAUGUUCGGGGACAAGGCCACCUCCGAGAGGAACAACAGAAUGUCCCUUUGCCCAAAUGUCAUCACUCCAGCUACCAUCCCGAAAUUCUGCAUCCCACCGAAGAUGCCCUCCCAGCAGGAGGUGAAGGGCAUGGAGUCGGUUAGGGCUGGACUCAGCCCCAGGAGUGAGACUGUGGCGCGGGAGGUGGUCAGUACGCACAUCAUUCAGGUGGAGAAUGUGGACGAGACGCCCUUUGACAACGGGUACAGCGAUGAGGAGACCACUAACGCUGACCCGCAAAGCCAAGCCGCCCUCUCCCUCCCCCACCUGGCCAAAGCACAGACCUGCUAUGGCUUCUGCACCCUGCUGGAGAGCCCCCACACCAGGAGGAAGGAGUCUCUGUUCCACAAUGACCCUGCCUCUUUUGGCAUCCCCCUGAUCCUCCCCAGACCCCGGCCCAGCGCCUGCUCCAGAGCCUUCCCCUCCUCGGGCUCCCUGGGGCUCGGAACGCUGAGCUCCCGGCUCUCCCCCAGGACCCUGGCACAGAGCCGGCAGAGCACCCUGGACAGUGACACCACCUCCUCCACCGAGUCCUCCCCCUACAGCUCCCCGCUGCUCCCACGCUCGGCUCCCAGGUCCUCACUCUUCAAGGCCCUGAGCCAAGAGAGGCUGCUGUCCAGGGGCGCCAAGAAAAUGCCCCUGUCCAGAAACGACUCUCUGUCCACUGAUGAAGGCAGCUCCACGGACAACAGCCCCUGCGUGCUGAGGAGAGCGUCCGAGGGCCUUCUGAAGCCCCUGCCUGGGGCUUGCAGCCUGGCUCCACCGGCCAUCUUCCCCACUGACCUGGUUCUCUACAGGGAUAGGGUGACCAGGGAGAGCCGAGUGCCCCUGGGAAGGGAUGGGACCCUCAGGAUUUCUGCCGAGUACUGCCUGGAGAACCAGAGGCUCCGGGUGCGUCUGAUCAGCGGUGAAGGGCUUUACACCUCUUCUGUGGACCCAAAAAGCAUCAACUGCAGUGUCACCAUAUCCGUCCUACCCGGAAAGUCCCAGAAACAGCGCAGCACCCUAAUCCGGAAAAGCCGGAACCCCAUCUUCAAUGAGGAUUUCUUUUUUGACGGAAUAUCAGAGGAUGACCUCUGCCUCCGCUCUCUGCGAUUCAAAGUGAUCAAUAAAAUGUCAACGAUGAAGAGGGACUACACUCUUGGUGACUGUGAGCUUCUUCUGACCACCAUAUUAACUCUGUGA